UUUUUAAAGUUUCUUUAAAAAAGAAAGAGAAAUAGAAGAAGGGAGAAUUUUUAAGAAUUAAUAUAUUUUGCCAAUGAGUAAAUAUCUAAUCGCGUAAGAAGAUCUGACUAACCGUUAAUUCUAAUCCAAUUAUCCAUUCAGUAGUCAAGAAUCUAUUCAAAGCGUUUUAAAAAAAAUAACAUUUAAUCGUACGAUCGAGUACAUUCGACUUUUUAGAAGUGGAAAUGAUUUAUCUGGACAGGUUUUGUUUGACACGUUAAUUAUUAAUAGAUAACAGGAGCGUAUAACAGAUUUCCAUUUGAAAAGUUUCGCAGGAUAGAAUUCGUCUCGCGUUACUGACUGCCACGUGAACCGUGUAUCGCUUAGCGAUACGUUUCGUAUUAUCAGCGUUGGGCGUAUAUCUGGCGUAAAACUGCCAGAACCGAUAUAUAUAUCCGUAAUGUUCGAACAAAACAGGAGAAGGCGAACAUGGGAGAACAAUGAAGACACCUUGUACCGUUUCCGAAUUCACUGAUGAAAAAAGAAAGAAGAAAAAACGUAUCGCGUGAUUUACGACGGAUCCGAUUCACUGCUAACGGUACGCGGAGAAUCGUUUCGAAAGGAAACGAAUGGUAACCGAAACCCUUUUACUUUGCGCUCCGUUUCGGAAUCAAAGCGAAAACAGUAGUAAACACAUACAAAGUAUCGUCGAAACGGUUCUCACCGAGUUAUUUAUAAAAAUUCCUCUUCUAAAAGAGAAGAAGAAGAAAAUUACACAGAGAUUACGUAAUACACAGAUAAUCGAAAUUAUCGAUAUUAGCAUCCUGCACGUUUUGCAAAUUCCACACCUGUCCGGAUAGAGAUUACGCAAACAUUCCCACGAUACGAUUCAUCCACACCUAAUCCUAAAAAUAAUCUCAUUUUUCCAACAUUCUUAUUUACACGAUUCCUACGACUACGACUCUCACCGAAUCAUCUCCCCAAAUUACCAUUCCCGGAACCCAAAAGGACCACGUUCCCACCUACCAUAUAUAUAUACAUAUAUAUAUAAACUUAGCUCGCAUAUAACACGCGGCAGAUGGAGAAGGGAAAAAGGAGCGCGAUGCCGGAAGCGAACGCAAGAUCGUUCAUCCCGGCAUGUAAAUUCGCGCGGUAUCUAAUAUCGCGCGCAUUGUACGCUCUCCCCGAGGUCCGUGGCGCGGCGGUUAGAUUAGAAACGUGCAAACGCGGAGGAUCUCCUUAAAUCAACCGUUUUCUGAUAUCUCUGUUCGCUGUUCGCCGAAAGCGGGAAGAGAGGAAAGUGAGCGCGCUACCGAUAUGCCGGAACACCUGAAACUAACUCCCUUCUUCCCCUUUGUACAUACACGUACGUAUGUAAAUGCGCGUCUUAUAUCUGGGAUCAAGCGGGUACGUUGCAUUCCGUAGCGGGUGCGCGUGUUCGUGCAUUGUGCGCGUAUGGAGAGAGAGAGAUUAGAGAGAGCAGCAACGAGGCCGGCAUUCCCCCCAUUCGUGGGGGAAAGAGGAGAGUUAGACGACAGAGCGAAGGUUGGCCCCACCGUGGGCCGGAGAGACGCGCACCGGGGAACAAUUAAUCGUGCAAGAUGGAAAACGCAACUAGCGCGCACCGAGGAAUGCGCGUGAUGCGCGUAACAUCGACAAUCAGGGCCGUGAUUGCGCUACACGGGAAUCAAAUUAGCAUCGCCAUUAGAACCCGGGGGAUAUACGAUAGGCGUAUUUGCCCCGAUCUAUCGGGGAUCCGCCCCGAUGGAUCCUUUCUCCGACCGGCUCAUUUUUUUUUUUAGGAUCGACUUUAUCCUCCUCCUGUUUUUUUUUCCAGGGAUCGGCUACUUGCCGUUCCAUGCACGGGGUGUUGAAAAUGAAAUUUGGGGAGAAAUUUUGGGAGAGGAAAUUAUCGAUAGAGAUUCGAUCGUGGGACGUAGAUUUUUCGAAGCGACGAUGAUUAAAAUUUUAUCGAAUGUCAAGAUAUUAAAAAAGAGAGAAUAUUGGAUUGUAUAAAUAAGGACGAAUAUAGAAUCGAUCAAUUCGAUCAAACACGAGUGUUUCUUUUUCGUUGAAGAUGUUAGAAUCCUGGUUAAAAUCCGUGGAUUAUUGGAACGGCCUGUAUCGAGUCUUAUAUGCGCGUCCAAAGGGAAGCACGUGCGUUGCGUGGCACGCGUUGCACGCAUAAACCCCAACCCAGCGGGCUCGUGUGUAUUCGACCGCUCCCUUCGAGACGAGAUAAACGCUCGGCUGACACGCAAAUGCGGAAACCCGUCGAAUCAAUCGCGGCAUUGUUCCUUAGCGAUAGGAAAUAGGUGAACGGAAACUGAUUUAAUGAACGCCAUUACGCAUUCUCCUCGCAUCUAAUCGCUUCGAGUAAAAUAACUUAGAAAAGAGAGGAAUUUUCUCCGCGAUGCCUGUUGUGCUGCGUCUAUUACGGUCCAACGCGGGCUUACAAGACGAUCCAUCACGAUUCAUCGUUUCUAAUAAAUUUAUCGAUUAUCGAGCGUGCGAAUCGGAAGGAGUUUCGCGUACAACUUCAACUGGCAAAGUUUGAUAAUGGAGUUCUAUUAAAAUUCCCAGUGUAUCUAAAACACUGUACGAUAAUGAACGGAAAAUUUACGAGUAUCUCAAUAUCACGAUGCAUGGUGACCUCGGCCAUCCCAACACACAGGAUCUCGAAAAUACGUCGAAUCGAUGCGCGACGACCAGCACUUCCAACGGAAUGAUUAACCUCAAUUUCGACGAGGAAUGGUUGACCUACGAAAAACUGACGGAAAUAUUUCUGUUCCAAACCAUCUCGAAGGCGCGAUUGACCGAUCCUCGACCCGUCAGAUUGUGCAAGACGAUACAGCAACAAGCGAAAUCCGUAGACGUGUUGAGGCAUGUUCGUCAGUCGUCGAAAUUAGCGAAGAACAAAGUAGUGGUUCUGAAAAAUGCGAACCAACCGGUUAUUUUCGAUAAAAGAGCGGAUGGGGAUAAGGCUAGGGACGUUGCGCCAAUACCAAUAAGAAAAAGCCUCUUCCCAUACGUGUCUCCUUACGUUCUCUUCCAAAGCCACGAUCACGUACCAACGAAAAAAUUGCCAAGGGAUUUUGUCCAACUUUUCAAAUGGAAGUUCACUAGUUCCAUGCCCAGGAUAUUGAUCAGGAUCCUGGUCAAUUCUGGAUACGAAGUGGUCAACAAAGGAUCGGAUUGGUCCGCCGUUUGGAAUCUGUCUAGCAAGGACGUGAUGAGGUUUCGGCGUAUGAAACCAUUUCAAAAGGUAAACAACAUGCCAGGUUCGCAUAACAUAGGGAACAAGGAUUUAUUGUGGACUCACUUGAACAAAAUGUCGAAGAAAUUCGGAUCCGAGUACAACUUCAUGCCUCGUACGUACAUCCUGCCCAAGGAGAUACAAAAAUUCGAGAGCAUGUGGAGCAGGCACGGUAUAGGAACCACGUGGAUAAUCAAACCGCCGUCCGCCGGCCGUGGCCAGGGUAUCAAGAUUGUUAAUCAAUGGUGGGAAAUACCAAAGUGGCAUUCGGUAAUCAUUCAACGAUACAUCACCAAGCCGAAACUAAUCAACGGGUUGAAAUUCGAUCUGCGAAUAUACGUUCUUCUAACAAGCAUCAAUCCGCUCAGAAUUUAUAUCUAUCAAGAGGGAUUGGUUCGUUUCGCUUCGGUUAGAUAUAUUCGCGGAACCAAUUUAAACGACAAAUAUAUGCACCUGACAAACAGUAGUGUGAACAAACAGAAUCCCGCAUACGUGAUGAACGACGGAGUGAACUCGUUCAAAGGGCAUAAAUGGUCUUUCUCGAGUUUAUGGUCCUAUCUGAAGCAGGAGGACGUGAACGUUGUCGAAUUGUGGUCCCUGAUCAAGAAUAUCAUUAUCAAGACAUUCGUGGCCGUGGAAUCCAGCAUGAACGCCGCCAUUUCGGAAAAUCUUGUCUCGAAUUACAGCUGUUACGAAUUGUACGGAUUCGACGUACUCCUCGACGAAAGUUUGAGACCCUGGCUACUCGAAGUCAACAUUCUGCCGUCGUUGCAAACCGAUUCGCCACUCGAUACUUCCAUCAAGGGUACAUUGGUCAAAAACGUGUUGAACAUGGCUGGAUACCAGAUACCGAAAAACGAGCAAGUUUCGAGUAACGGUAUAUCGAACAAGAAGUACGACUCGAUCGCGCACAAUUACAAAUUGUACAGCACGGCUUUGAACCUUCAAGAGAAGACGAAACAGAACGAGAUCAACGCGAUGGAGACGCGGGACGAGUAUUUGGCCAUUAUACUCGAGAAUUUGACCAGGGACGAUAUCAGGCAAUUGAUCCGUUACGAGGACGAGCUGAGCCAGGUUGAAAACUUUGAGAAAAUCUUCCCUACCAAAAAUACCUAUUGCUAUUUCAAAUUCUUCGAAGUGAAGAGAUACUACGACCGAUUGCUCGACGCUUGGGAAAAUCUUUAUUCGGAUAACAGAACGGAAGGUAUUCGUAGGUUGCAGCAAUAUUGCGAGAAUAUGCAACAUCUAGAUCAAAACGAGUGAAAGAUCUGAAAGAUUGAUCUUUGAUCCUUUUUUUUUUCUUUUUUUUUUCCUUUUUUUUUUUUUUUUUUUUUUUUUUGGAUUCAUGUUUGUGAUAUCAUUCGAGAUCCAAUUAAAGCGGUUUCGCACGGAGCCAAGGCCAACAGCGUGGCGCGAGGAUUUUUUUUUUUUUUUUUACGUAAAUCGUGAGUAACAUUCUGGACAACGUAACAUGCAGGAAGGAGAAAGAAGGAAGAGAAUACCUACGACAGGUAUGGAAGAAGAGGAUAGUACAGGACAGCCAUGAUAAUACGUCAUUGCGUAAUUUUAUUCUGAAGCCUCGUUCGGAAAUAUUUUUUCGUGCAUCGAAAAUUUAUUAUUUCUUAACUAUCCAUCGCGAAAUUCUUGAUAUAAUUAGCGAUAAUCUCAUCUACGUAACAUCCACGAGAAAAAAAGUGUGACGAGCGUGUUUAGAUUAUCCCAAAUUUUCUUCUCCUUAACUUUCGCGUUACCAUUACGAUUCGUCGCCUUUCCAGAAUUAUACUAAUUUCGGAUGAAUUUUCGAAAAAAAAAAAAAAAAAAUGUAUGCCGAGUCAAAGUCAAAAGUCUUUUGGAAAAGCAAAGGUUUCAAACAUUAACGAUCGAUCGAAAAGAAUGACAGAUUUUGAUAAAAGAACUUUUGGGAUAAUCGAAUCUAUCUAAGGGUUAAAAUUCCCUGAUUACGUAAAAUUUCGUUUUUGAAAUUGUGUUUCUUCAAGUUUAAUAUUUUUUUCAAGUUUAUCAAGUUUAAUGUUUUUCAUAUACUUAUACGUAUAUAAUUAUU